AUGGCAGAGAAGCGGCGAAUUCCGUGCGCACUGAGUGUCAAGGCGCACGCAUUCUCGGUGGAGGCACUGAUCGGAGCAGAAAAGAGACGCCGGACGGCCGCAGAGGAUGCCGAAUCCCCCGGCUUCGAUGACGGAGCUGAUGGUGCCGAUCUAACAGGAAGCCCGGAGCCGCGAGCCGACAGAACGUGCACUAGCGACCGGGGCAGCGAGGCAGAUUGUACAAGUGACGGAUCCCCAGAGAGUGAGGACGUGCUGCUGGAGAGCCCGCAUCCCGCAGCUCUAUGCAGGGCACCGGUAACCGGCAGUGGAGAGGACACCCGUGUGGACCUGCAAGGAUCAGACCUGUGGAAGCGGUUCCACGAGAUAGGGACGGAAAUGAUCAUUACCAAGGCUGGACGGCGGAUGUUCCCCGCUAUGCGUGUGAAGAUUACAGGCUUGGAUCCACAUCAGCAGUAUUACAUUGCCAUGGAUAUAAUCCCUGUGGACAACAAGCGAUAUAGGUACGUGUAUCACAGCUCCAAGUGGAUGGUAGCAGGGAAUGCAGACUCUCCUGUGCCACCCAGAGUGUACAUCCACCCCGACUCCCCUGCUUCAGGAGAGACGUGGAUGCGUCAGGUGGUCAGCUUCGACAAACUGAAACUGACCAACAACGAACUGGACGACCAGGGACAUAUCAUUUUGCACUCAAUGCACAAGUACCAGCCGCGGGUCCACGUGAUCCGCAAGGAGUGUGGAGAGGAGUUAUCCCCAGUGAGAGCCAUCCCUGCUGGGGAUGGAACCCACACCUUUGCCUUCCCUGAGACCGUGUUCACCACUGUCACAGCAUAUCAGAAUCAACAGAUUACAAGGCUGAAAAUUGACAGAAACCCUUUUGCCAAAGGAUUCAGAGACUCUGGCAGAAACCGGAUGGGUCUGGAGGCUUUGGUUGAGUCUUAUGCAUUCUGGCGUCCAUCCCUGCGAACACUCACAUUUGAGGACAUCCCUGGUAUUACCAAGCAAGGGAUCCCAGGAGCUCAUGGUGCAAUCGGAACGUCUUCUCACCUGCUCUCCACAUCCCCAUGCUCCUCAUCUUUCCAGGUUUGCCCUCUCAGCCCGCCUGACUACACCUGCAGCCGACCCACACACCAUCUCCAUCGCUUUAGCAACCCCACAGAGCCAUUCCCACCUCCCAGAGGUCCAUCAGCUUACGAAGGUGAAGGAUUCUGUGCUCUGCCUCUCCCCGCAUCUCAACUUGGCUAUUUAUCCAACUCCUCCCCGCAGGGUUACGCUGGGCUUCGUCUUCACACACCGCCUUACAGCCUGUACAGUUACACAUUCCCUCCCUCACCACGCCUCGCAGCCAGCCCUGAUAAAAUGGCCGCCGCUGCCAAUCAUCAGAGUGCUUUCCUUGGCUCGUCUCCCAGUGGGACUCUAACGGACAGUCUGGGUGUACUCAGUGGUGGACAUCAGGGCUUUUUGUUUAACUCAAGGACUUUAGGACUGGCAGGUAGCCACCCAGGAAGUGGUGUCUCACAAGUCACUGCCCACAUGGGCUGAAUUUGACUCCAGACAUCUAGGGUUGUCAAGAAUAAUCAAAUGACACCCUGGAAUGGGUGUAUGUUUCUUUUUGUUCAGAAAGUUCUACGAAUUAAUCAUCCAUGUGCUGAACAAGCAUCAGGCUUAAUUGUGGACAAACAAA